CAAAAACCUCCCGACAAAUCUUCGUUCGCUGCUAACUCAUGGCUACCAUACCAGUAAACCCGAAACCAUUCUUGAACAACUUGACCGGGAAGACGGUUAUCGUUAAGCUUAAAUGGGGAAUGGAAUACAAAGGUUUUCUCGCUUCUGUUGACUCCUACAUGAACUUGCAGUUGGGAAACACCGAGGAGUACAUCGAUGGGCAAUUGACAGGAAACCUUGGAGAGAUCUUGAUCAGAUGCAACAACGUCUUGUAUGUCCGAGGCGUGCCAGAAGAUGAAGAACUUGAAGAUGCUGAUUAAGACUAACCUGUGCUAAUGACGUCUGUGUUUUACCUUGAAAGUAACAAGCCAUUUAGUUUUAUGUAAUACUAAACGAAUCUUGCCGGUAUUUUGGUCAUUGGGAUGGAAAGCAUGUCCUUUUUAACCAUCUUCAGUUUACCGCCCGUAAUAAGCCGUGAUAUGUCAU